UAUAUUAUUUGUAUUUUCUCGUGUCGAUUGUUGCGUCAUCCGCUCUUGCACCAGCGAAUAAUUCUUCAAAUUUAUAUUUCAAUCCCUCAAAUAAUUCGCAGUAAAAAUCUACCAUCUGCCUGAGACACUCUCCAAAAUCCACAAACUCGUGGAGUAAAAAUCAAAGUGAAGAUAGAAGUUCUAUAAAUUCUGCGUUUUUCACAUGGCAGACUCGUGUUUCGUCUUGAAUUCACUCACUGUCAAUUACAGGACAAUUAACAGUAUCCCAGAACAAAAUUUGCACUGAGACAGAAGAAACUGAAGAAAAAGAAUUUACAAUGGCGCCCAAAAAUAAAGAGAACUCCGCCUCAAACAAAAAGAAGACAAAAACCGCAGUGAUAGAGUAUGAAGACGACGACGAAGACUAUCGCAGACGUAGAGAUCGAAAUAAUCAGGCAGUGAAACGUUCCCGAGUUAAAAGUAAACUUCGAACUCAACAGACCCUGGAGCGAGUGAACCAACUCAAAACCGAGAACGAACUCCUGGAGGAAAAGAUCAAAAUGCUCACCAAGGAGUUGGGCUUCCUCAAGGAUUUAUUUCUAGCUCACGCAGGCUCAAAUCAACACACACUAUCAAUUCAAGACAUAGACCUUAAUGCUCUACUCGCUGAUGACUCUAGUACUAGCCAAAAAAGUACAACGAGACUCUAAACACCAUUUACUGCCACGAUUUAAAUUAAUAAAUCAGGCACGGCUGAAUUAUUGAGUCUCAACUUUGAAAUUAAACGGUGAGCGGCCAAUGUCGGACAUCUUGGAACGAUGCCAACACCGGAGCAAUUUGCUUUGCGCUGCUCAAAAAUUCAGAGCAACAAAACAAGAUAGAUAAAAUGAGAAUAUCCUUAUUUUCACCCCCCUCUCAGCAGUUGCAAACGCAAAAACAUUCGAGAGGGGGGAAAAUAACAUCGUCAUACACCCAACGAAUGAACAGAGCCAUUUGGAAAUAACAUUCCAUAAAAUAACAGCGAAAGAGGAAAUGUGUGACUCAGUGUUGAGUCACUAGAGCGUUUGAAAAGUCAUAUCAAACAUUAGAAAAUGUACAUACAAUUAUAAAUUCAUGGACAAGUAAAAAUAAUCGAUUGAUAAAAAAUAAUAGAAAAGGGAGUGAAUCUUUCCUGAAAUAAAUCUUUCGUAAAAA